ACCAGGCCCCAGCCCACUUGCCUGCUUAAAGCCCUCUCCAUCCUCUGCCUCACCCAGUCCCUGCCGAGGCUGAGCAGACGCCUCCAGGAUCUGUCGGCAGCUGCUGUUCUGAGGUCCUGUCUUUGAGCCACUGGCGUGGUGGUGUCCCCUGGGCUGGCUGAAGGCCCUCCUCCAUCCUCCAUGUCUGCAUGCUAUUUUUGGGAGCUGGAUGGUGCUCCCAGGAACAGGGAGAGGAGUCCAAGCUGCUCUGUCCUCCUGUGAGCCCCCAGCACCAUGCCCAGUGGCUCUGAACUGGUGGAAGGGCACAAUAGGAGAGGAGAGAGAAAGCUAGAAGCUAUGCACCCAGGCUGGACAUGCACGGUUCCUCUGAGAAUUUUCUUCCUCCCACUGAGGGACAGGCUCCUUCUGGGGCUCAGAGCAGAGACCAUGUCUGACAUGGAAGAGGUGGUGGAAGAGUACGAGGAGGAGGAGCAGGAAGAAGCAGCUGUUGAAGAGCAGGAGGAGGCAGCAGAAGAGGAUGCUGAGGAUGGGGCUGAAGCAGAGGCUGAGACCGAGGAGACCAGGGCAGAAGAUGGAGAAGAAGAGGAAGCAAAGGAAGCUGAAGAUGGCCCAAUGGAGGAGUCCAAACCCAAGCCCAGGUCAUUCAUGCCCAACUUGGUGCCUCCCAAGAUCCCCGAUGGAGAGAGAGUGGACUUUGAUGACAUCCACCGGAAGCGCAUGGAGAAGGACCUGAAUGAGUUGCAGGCGCUGAUCGAGGCUCACUUUGAGAACAGGAAGAAGGAGGAGGAGGAGCUCGUUUCUCUGAAGGACAGGAUCGAGAGACGUCGGGCAGAGCGGGCCGAGCAGCAGCGCAUCCGGAAUGAGCGGGAGAAGGAGCGGCAGAACCGCCUGGCUGAAGAGAGGGCUCGACGAGAGGAGGAGGAGAACCGGAGGAAGGCUGAGGAUGAGGCCCGGAAGAAGAAGGCUUUGUCCAACAUGAUGCAUUUUGGGGGUUACAUCCAGAAGCAGGCCCAGACAGAGCGGAAAAGUGGGAAGAGGCAGACCGAGCGGGAAAAGAAGAAGAAGAUUCUGGCCGAGAGGAGGAAGGUGCUGGCCAUCGACCACCUGAAUGAAGAUCAGUUGAGGGAGAAGGCUAAGGAGCUAUGGCAGAGCAUCUAUAACUUGGAGGCAGAGAAGUUCGACCUGCAGGAGAAGUUCAAGCAGCAGAAAUACGAGCCCCUCAACCCCGGCCCUGGGGCCUCUUUGCUGACUAAGGAAAGAAUUCAGCUUCCCCUGGAGGGUCUCCUCUGCUGCUCCUGCCAAACCACUCCUCCCUGGGUAAGAAGCCCUUCCCUAGGCAGGCUCAGGCCCCAGUGGCUACAGGGCACCCCCACCUCCCAAUACGGAGAAAGGCUGUAUUGCCUGGUGACAAUGGCAUGGACUUUGGAGCCAUAAUGCCUGACCUGUGCC